AUGGAUGAAGAACAAGAAUUGGAAGGCUAUGAGGAAAGCGAUGAAUAUGUUGCCAUGACCUCCGCUGAGCUUCUGGAUAAAUUAAAAGAAGCAUGGAUCAAUGAAAGGAUGGCUCCUGAAUUAUUGAAUAGUCAGGACGAAUUAGUCGAAUGUAUGAUUGAACAACUCGAUGCAAUGGAAAGAAACUUAAAGACUGGCAAGCGAAAUCCCCUUGUUAACAGUAUGCAUGGCUUAGAGAUGGAACGAGUCAGAUUCCUGAUCAAUAGUUACAUUAGAUGUAGGCUUGGCAAAAUUGAAAAAUACGUGAUAGAUGUGCUGCAGCAACAUAAAGCUAGAGGACAAGAGGAUUUGCCAUUAUUAUCACGCGCAGAACUUGAAUAUGCUCGAGAGUAUGCUGAUGGUAUGGAGAAUCACCUGAAAUCGACCAUUCUAAAAUUUCUACCGACAAAUCUUCAAAAUUUUGAUGAGGCUAAAGAACUUCCCAAGCCAAAUAAAGAUAAAUAUGUAUUUAUUCGUGUAAAUGAUCAGCAAGAUCAAGUACUAAUUGACGAUGAUGAAACAACUGAUCUGAAUAAAGGAGCUCGACAUAUAGUACGAUACUCGUUUAUUGCUUCACUUCUCUCCGAAGGCUCAGUUUCCUUGACUUAA